GGAAGACAUGACAAAGGGCAGGACUCAUCAAAAAUCUUUGUUGCCUGUCUUUUCAAAUACGGUACAGAAUGCAGGUGGUGAUUCUCUGUGUGUCAACCAAGAUAACCACCAGUCUAGCGUAGCGUCUUCACCGGUUCACCUACAUGGCCGUCUUAAGUUACAAAAUAAACAUGGAAUGCCUUUAUUUGAGUUCUUGUUGAAGGGAUCAGAAGAUGUCUUCGUGGCCAGGACAUGGAAAGCAGACAAUGGUUUUAACUGGGUGUAUACCUUUCAUGCCAUUGGCGGUAGAAAGAAGAGCAAUGCCAGCGGUGUGGGAUCACAUGGUAGCGAUAGAGAUUCUUCAAUGGUGGGACAAAUGCAAGUUUCUUGUUAUCUAUGUUCAGAACUGAAGGAUGGAGCUUUUGACAAUUCCAUGUCGACAGAGUUUGUUUUGUACGAUAUUUCUCAUGCAAGGCAAAUUGCAGCAGAAAAAGAAAACUCUAAUUGUACCCUUGAUGAUGCUAAACAUCCCAAAGGUUCCAAUCAGAGCACAGAGGGUGCAACUUUAAAGUUGGGUGAUGGGUCUUGUCCAACGAAGGUCAAACAUCAACACAAGAGUAGUGAUACCGAUUCUCCAGCCUGGCCAUUUGCAGCUUUGCAUCCAGGUCUUGAAAUUGUAGCCAUUGUUAUGCAAGUUCCAUUUGAAAAGAGAGAGAGCUUGAAAUACAAGAGAGGGGACAAGGUAUGUGAUAAAGUACCUGCAAACCUACUCAAGCUCCCUAUGGUCAAACAGAAGAAGAAGAAUGACCCUGAUAGUCGAAACUCAGGAAACCUGAAGGUGAUAAUUCCAUCUGGAAACCAUGGUUUGCCGAGUACUGAAAGCAAGGGUCCUUCAUCAUUACUAGAUCGAUGGAGAUUUGGUGGUGGUUGUGACUGUGGUGGCUGGGACAUGUCUUGUCCUCUUACUGUGUUAAGCAAUCCCAACAUUCAGUUGGCUGAUAAUCAAUUAUUUGAAGAGAAUCAGCAGCCUUUGGAACUUUUUGUUCAGGGAUCAAAGGAGAAACAACCAGCAUUGACCAUGACAAUGGUUGAAGAUGGACAGUAUGCAGUUGAUUUUCAUGCACAGUUAUCAACGUUACAAGCAUUCUCUAUGUGUGUUUCCAUUCUGCAUGGUACAGAAACAUCGGCAGCUGCCACUGGGCUGGAGGAAAACACACAGUUGUCACAGUGCAGUUCAUUGAAAGUGCUUAAAGAGGAAGUGAAGUUCUUAAUUGAAGCAGUCACAGAAGGGGAGAAGAAGAAAGUAGCCAAGAGGGUGAAAAAGAUCCAACCAUGUUAUACACUCGAUCCACCUUUCUCUCCUAUUGCACGAGUAUAGAUUUCGAGUAGCACACUUGAGUUUUUCUCCAAAGACCCACACAGG